AUGGCGCUUGUCGUCCAGGCACUAACCUUCCUCCACGAGUACAAGGCUUCCUUAUUGCACCCAAUACCUAACAAGAAUCCCGGUGCACUGAGAUUAGGUGUGAUUUCAUCGGCCGCAAUUAAUGCCGCUGCUGUAAUACGGCCCGUCGAAACCCAUCCAGAUGUCAUCCUCUAUGCCAUUGCAUCGCGUGAGCCCGAAGUUGCUCGCGCGGCAGCCAGAAAUUACCAUUUCACUAAAGCAUAUGGCUCUUACCAGGACCUGCUUGAUGAUCCGCAAGUGGACAUAGUGUAUGUCUCUACGCCUAACAGCUUGCACUUCGAGUGGUCGGCCAAGGCGAUCGAGAAGGGGAAGCAUGUUCUCUGCGAGAAGCCUUUCACUUCGAAUGGCGACGAAGCGAGACGGUUGGUUAAGCUAGCUGCUCAGAAGGGAGUUGUGCUUGAGGAGGCUUUUCACUGGCAAUUCCACCCCGCGGCACAUGUAUGGCAUGAGAUUCUCGAUUCCAAGAAAUAUGGCAAGAUAAUAGGUACGAAUGCCCGAAUGACCACUGGUCCCUCAGUACCGGGGGAGGAUAUUCGGUGGAAGUUCGAUUUAGCAGGUGGGAGUGCAAUGGACAUGACCUAUGCGCUUAGCUUCACCCGCCAGGCCCUCCACGCCAAACACCCCGAGGAGAUCGCGAGCGUCGCCUGCAGACCUUCAAAAUCAGACCCCCGCGUCGACGAGGCCAUGUAUGCGAACAUGAUCUUCCGCGGCCCAGACUCCCAGCUCAUCCCCAGCAAAAUCUACGUCGACAUGGCCCGUCCCUUGCUCUGUGGGAUAAUCCCGCGGUUCUGGGAAUGGCCAUCCAUCGAAGUCGAGACCGAGGAGGCAAUCAUCUAUUUCUACAACGCCAUGAUGCCGCAUUUAUACCAUUAUAUCGCGAUUACGGAGAAGCGAACUGGGAAGACCUCGUACGUCAAGAAGUAUUCCGGGGGUCCUAUUUGGGGGGAUGUCGAGACGACAGGGGGGAAAGGAGGUCAGUCGAGUUGGAGUACGUAUCGCUGGCAACUGGAGGCUUUUGUGGAUGCUGUUCGUGGGAAGAAGCCGCCUUACUGGGUUACUUCGGAGGAGAGCAUUAUCCAGAUGGAGGUUAUUGAUUCUUUGUAUACGGCUGCUGGGCUGCCGAUUAGGCCAACUAACUGGGGGAAGAAAUCGUGA